ACUGGACCAGAAAUUAUAGAAAAAUCUUAAGUCAGUGAACAAGAUCUAAAGCUGGCCCCACAAUGGAGGAACCUGAGUAUAAAACAUAAGGUUUUGUGGAGUGUGUGUUGUGCUAAAAUUGCAGUUGGGAGAUCAGUUGUGAAGAUGAUGGAGCUGCCCACGUCGCGAUUCCAGGAUAGAAACGUUUUGGAUGGACCAAGCGACCGGUUACAAGAAGUGAAUGACGCAUUAGUUCAUGGCAAAUGGAAUGUUGUUCGGAGAUUCGUCAAUUGUUAUAAGGAAGAAGCAUUCAGAUUCAGGCCUGAAUUUGGAGAUACAGCACUCUCCGUGGCCAUUAAGAGAGGACGGGUAUUUCUUUAUCUCGAAGCUGGUUGAAUUGACGCCGCCAGGCUUACUGACUCAGACGGAUAACUCCGGCGAUACUGCUCUUCAUGCGGCGGCAGAGCUUGGAAAUGUCAAAACAGCUGACCUGCUCGUGAACAAAAAACAAGAAUUGCUGAGUUUUUCCAACAACAAAGGAUUGUUACCAAUUCAAGUUGCUGCAAAUCGAGAUCAUAGAGAGAUGACUUCCUACUUGUUAAGUUUCGGCAUGAGAGAUGAAAUUUAUUAUAAUCUACUCAAAGGUGCAGCUGGUCUGAAUGUUUUGCGAUCUUUAAUAAAUGCAAGAUAUUUUGAUUUGGCUCUCGAUUUGAUUAAAUUCAACCCAAAAUCAAUCGAACACCUACGAUUUACGUUGGAGCUGAUGGCUGACGACACUUCUGCUUUCCGAAGUGGAACAUAUUCGUGCCCAGAGACACCAGGAAGACUAUGGAAAAUGCUUGAAGUUCUAGUACAACCUAUGAAGAGAAUUCGUCAGAAAAAAUUGAAGCAUUAUCAAGCACUUCAGCUAGUCAAAUUCAUAUGCUCACAUGUUAAAAAUUUGGGAAAUGAGUCAAAUGACGUAGCUUCCUCAAUAUUUAAGGGGCCAUUUCUUUUAGCGGCACAGAAUGGAGUAGAAGAGAUUGUCGCUGAAAUUCUAGAUUCUUUUCCUGCCUCGAUAGAUUUUACAGAUGAAGAAGAGAAGCAUUCAGUAUUUCAUCUUGCUGUAAUAUACCGUCGUGAAAAGGUUCUUAAGGUUCUUCUAGAGAAGAAUGUUGGAAGGGAUAAGAUGUUCUUAACUGAUCGUCGGAAUAACAAUAUAUUGCAUUUGGCGGGAUACAGACCCGCUAUAGACUUACCGGAUCAUAAUCGUGGAGCGAUUUUUCAAAUGCAGCAUGAACUCAAGUGGUUUAAGAAAGUGGAGAGUCUUUUAACGCCUAAAGAAAUUAAAUCAAAGAAUCGUGAGAAGAAGACACCACUGGCUAUCUUCAAUGAACAGCAUGCUAAAUUGGCUGCAAGCGAAAUACAAUGGACUACAGGAAUGGCUUCUGCAUGCUCAGUUGUAGCAUCACUCAUUGUUACAGUGGCAUUUGCUGCUGCAAUCACCGUUCCUGGAGGGAACGACAGUGAUGGCCUCCCCAUUCUCUCUAACCAGAUGCCCUUCUUAGUCUUUGCCAUUUCAGAUUCUCUUGCACUUGUCUCAUCUGUUACUAGUGUUCUAUCCUUCUUAUCCAUUUUUACAUCCCGCUAUGGGUUUAAUGAUUUUCUUAAUACCUUGCCCAACAGAUUGGUAGUCGGCCUAGUUUCCUUGUUCUUCUCCGUAACAUAUCUAAUGUUUGCCUUUAGUUCUACUGUCUUUCUUGUGUUUGCUAAGAAGAAUCCUCUGAUUCUCAUACCAAUAAUCACUAUUGCUUCUGUACCAGUCAUUUUCUUUAUCAAACUGCAGCUUCCUCCCCUCCUCAAUAUGGUCAACUCCACCUACGGUCCAAGCAUUUUUGGUCAGUAGAUAUUUCGCUGCAAAUUAGCACUUAAUUAAGAUAUUUAAAUCUAUUUUGAGUGUAAGUCUGGGUGAAUAAAUAUCAGUUGUUUUAAUUUAGUUGUGUAGUUUGAUGAGUCUGUUUGGAGUUUGACUGUGUCAAUUUGAAUUCUGUAUUUUCCUUUCUUCUGGCAUUGUAUGACUGUUGUACAAUAUUUUCAGAUCGAUGAAAUAAAAUUAUUUCUCAGUAUU